UGCUUAAUGGUAAUCGCUUUGAACUUGGCAAUAUCGCAAGUGCAUAAUUCCUAUUUAGACGAGCUGCAAUGAUUUUCAACCUAAAUUAAAAUAUUGUUAACACAAUGCUUUUAAUUAAAAUAUAUAAAAAACUAUCGAUAUCACCCUAUCGACCCCAACACAUCACUAAAGCCACAAAACGGAGUUUACAAAUAAACCUAAACCCUAUCAGAUUACAAUUGUAGCACAUCCCAAAUUCCAUUCAUUCGAUCGCAUUGACAUGCGGUAUCGACUUCAGUGAUGUACUCACCAAUAAUACUGUUAUUUGUUAUAAAAAUCCAUACAAAUUUGGCAAACUACUUAGAAGCCGAAGCAAACUUCCUAAAACCUAAAUUGGAACGAAACAACAUAGUAAAUAAAGGAGUUUGGAUGAAGAAUAAAUUGAGAGAUAGUACAUUCGAGAAGCCGACUGCUGGAGACUUUAUAUUCAGACCAAAUUCAGCGGAUGUCGACAAUAUAUUGCAAAAUAAUUUCGAUGCAUUUGGUGAGAAUUUUUUGCAGGACGCUCCGUUUCUUUCGAGCUAUGUUGAACGGGCGAAGAGGGCAGUUAACCAUAUACGAAAACGCCAUCCCAGAAAGAGUAUGAAGAAAUGUAGAAACAAAAAGAAUUGCAAAAAUAACUUGAGUGACGAUUCAGAUAUUAAAAAUUCCUUAAUUUCAGAUCCAAAACCCACUUCUGUAUUUAAUGAUUAUCCUUAUGAAGUUGCUAUUUUAUUAAAUAGUAAAUUGAAGACUGGAAACAAAAGCAAAAACUAUAUAAUAAGUAGCAAAAACGAAACUUCUAACAAAACAAUGACAAUUAAAAAUAUUGAUGACGUAGUUAAAAUAGCCGAAGAAAAAUUAAAACUUGAUUUAAAUGAAACCAAAAACAAUACUAGCAAUCCCAAAAGAAACACUAAAUUCGAUUAUGAAACAGAAGAUUAUAAAAAUUUUGUGAUUUUAGACGAUUAUAAUAAGACUAGAACUAUUGAAAGUGAUAAACAACGAAGUAUUUUUGAUAAAGAUGACAAAGCUUGGCAUCAAAACGUUCCCCUGACUGGAAUAGACAAUAUGUAUAAAGUUAUACCUAAACAAAAACAAACUAAGCCCAUUAACGAAAGAGGUUUGAUCAAAGUUAUAUCUAUGCUUACGAAAACGUUUAAAAAAAUAAUGAAACAGCACAAUGAAAUAAAAGCCAUUCAUGAGCAAUUACAAAGUAUAAAUGAUGAUUUCCUAAAAAAUAUUGUUACCGUUACAAAUAAAUUUCAAGAUUUCGAUAACAAAUACAAUUAUUUAAUAAAAUCUAACGAAAACCUGAAGAUUAUUGAACAGAAUUUACUUGAAAGGGAAGAACGUUUUAAAAUCAGACAAAAAGAAAUGAUGAAUAAUCUAAUCGAAUUUGAAAAUCAGCAGAAAAAGUUUUUAAUGCAACAGAAACAGUUUUAUUCGGUCCAAAAAUUCAUGCUGGGUCAAAAUGAAAAAAUUAACAUUAAACAAAAUUUAAUAGCAAAGACUCAAAGCGAGAUUUCACACAGACAAAAUAACUUCGCGAGGAUAUUAAAGAAAGCUAAACAGAUAGUAGACAUUAAAAUGGGUUCUCAAAAAGUGUCUACGAAUGUAAAAUAUAAUUAUUCAAAUGUUGUUGAUCAAGUUACGCAUACUACGACAAUACCUGAUGUAACGGAAUCAGUAAAGAUCAAUUUGUUUGCAAUCCCAACCACAAACAAAAUAGAAAAUCAAGACGACAUGAUCAUUAAGGAAAAAGAUGAUCAAGCCAUUGACGAUUUGGUUUACAAAUUCUAUUUCAACAACACAUUUAUUGAUAAUGUUAUGAGAAAUAAAAUUUUUAAUACCUUUACACCACAAAGCCGAGAAGUUGGGAUCAAUAUGAAGAAUAAAAGGGAUGAAAUGACAACUCUUUUAAUACCAGUUAAAAAAGUUAAUUUAACGUCUAUUUCACCUCUUAAAAGAAAUAAAAGAUGGAUUAGUCGUAGAAUGAGAAAUACAAAAAGGAAAAAUCAUAUUAAGUCAGGAGUAAAAGAUACAGUUAAGAAACAAGAAAUUAAAAAGAAUACUCAAAACACCAUUAAUGAAGAUAAAAUAAAGAUAGAUCCAUUUUUGACAAUGGCUAUGAGUUUUUGCAACCAAAUCGGGCAAAAUGGUAACCAGCAAAUCCUAGGAUGGUGUGUUGAAAAGGCCUUACGUAGACUUCGGUAUAUGGAUACAAAAAUGUUUGAAAUUCCUCCAAAUAUUAUAGUAAAUAAAGAAAAAGAAGUAAACAUGAACAAAACAGAGGAAGCGAAAAUACAGUUAAAUAUUGUGACAGAAACAACAGUACCAACAACUUUAAAGAUGGACCAGACAUCGCAAGUCCCUCCAAAAACACACGUAACCAAAGAUAUCCAAAACGCCAUGUUCUUUCCGGAUAACGAUGAACUGGAAACGAACCUGAAGGAAUACGACCUCAAGCCUGACACAGAAGGCAACGUUUAUUAUGAUGGAAGUCUACACGCUAGUGAUUUUGUGGGUCCAGACACGGGGAGCAUAUCUGAUAUUAUGCCAGGAUUGGACAGCAAUUCCAAGGUGGACGUGGAUCCUGUCGCCUUCGACCUUGACGCCAGGAGACGGGCAUUCGUUCAAAGGUUGAACGCAAAUAUAUUAAAAAGGAUGAAUUUAGGCUAACAAUGAAAUAAGGUAUUCGUAAUUGUAAAUAGAACAACAAUUUCUUAUUGAGGUAAUGUAAUAAGAUAAUUUUGUUUAUAAAAUUAGUGUUCUAUGUAAAGUUUGUAAAGCAAUAUUGUUAGAAUCAGAAUCAGUUUUGUUUAAAAAAACUACGAUUCAUUUUAUGUAUCUAUAUGUUAGAAAAUGUUAAUAAAAUAAACAAAGAUGUCGCCAACUAACCGGUCGGUACUAAACGCAAUAAAUACCAGAACAUUGUUGUUCAUUGUUUUUCGUACCGAUUAUCUAUCAUAUUGCUCAGUGAUUUAUAAGAAACCUGUAGGUUAGAAAUAACCGUCGUAAUAAUGUUAUACUUAACAAUAUAAUAAGGAAAAA